CCCAGCUCAGACUUCUAUUCUCCACAAAUGUAACUGUAAGCACAAGAUAAAGCCUGCCUUUAGAUUACUGCUGUGAACUGAAUAAUACAGAAAAUAUUAGUUUUCUUGAAGUGCCCGUCCCAUCAGACACAAAGAUGGCCAUGAGAGGUAAACAUGGGAUUGAAAUUCUGGACAAGUUGUUGGCUGAUGGUGAGAAGCUAGCUCCAGAAGAUAAGCUAUUUACCUAUAAAGGGAUUUUGUAUCCUCUUGCUGUUUGCAAGCUAGAAAAUUUCCAAGCUCUUGAAACCUUUGAUGCCAGAAUGGAUGAUGUGAUCCUGGUAGGAUAUCCUAAAACAGGUACAAAUUGGCUUGAAACCAUGCUCAGCGGCUUGGAAAUCAGAGCUGGGAAAUAUACAGAAGAGGAAAAGGAAAGAAGAAAGGCUAUUGGAGAGGAAUUAUCAGUGCCUUCACGCCUUGAGUUUGGAAAUCUAGAUGCAUUCAAGAGGAUGACGAAAUUACCUUCCAGAAGGAUCAUAGUAACUCAUCUCCCUCCUCAUUUACUCCCCAAAUCUAUUUUCAAAAGUAAAGCCAAGAUACUCGUGCUGAUUCGGAAUCCAAAGGAUACAAUGGUGUCUUAUUUUCAUUUCAACAAUAACCUUUCUGUCCUUCCUAAUUCAACAUGGGAUGCAUAUUUCACAGAUUUUAUGAAUGGAAAAGUGUGUUGGGGCUCCUACUUUGACCAUGUCUCAGAAUGGGACAAGUACAUUGAUGAUGAAAAUGUCAUGGGCAUAUGUUACGAAGAACUUAAGGAGGAUCCAAAUUUAGGAUUGCAAAAAAUCGCUAAAUUCUUCAGUUUUUCCGUGAACGAAGAAGAAAUUAAAAGUGUUGUAGAAAAUUGCAGUUUCAAAGCUAUGAAGCAAAAAUCCACUGAAACUCAUGGAACAUUUGGAGAUGCUCUUUUCCGCAAAGGAUCUGUCGGUGACUGGAAAAGCCUUUUCUCUGAAUCUCAGAGCCAAGAAGUGGACAGAAGAUUUAAAGAGUGUUUAGCCGAAAGCAAACUAGGAGCAAAGAUGAAGUAUGAGGUUUACUGCAAGAUCUGAGGAGGCAACCUAUAUUCAAAGGGCUGGCUGCCUCCUCCAUGGUCUCCUGAAAUACAAUUAGCUUUGUCUCUUUCUGUGUACCUGUACAGAACAUUGAGGAAGCCAUAAUGUUUCCUGUGUCUUGCAAUUCCAGCAAUUUUGAUAUUUAAGCAGGUUGACCUGAUUAAAUAAUGGAUGCUUGAGGAAUUUGUUCUUUGUGGAUCUUAAUUCAAACUGACUUGAUCUCUG